GGGCAAAGGAGCCGAAUGGCAGAGGGAGGAUGAUAGGGCCGAAUGUCUGCGGGAGACAGUGCUGCUCAGGGUGGACAACGGCUCCAGGCACAAACCGAUGCAUCAAACCUGUCUGCGACCCGCCGUGCCAGAACAAGGGCUCCUGCAGUCGGCCCCAGGUCUGUAUCUGUCGCUCGGGYUUCCAGGGAUCCAGGUGUGAAGAAACUGUUCCUGAGCAAGAAUAUUAUCCUCCUSCUGCUGCUGCUGCYGCUUUCCGCCCCCCUGCAAGUUCUUUCCGGAGGAGAACCAGCACUGCAGAGAGAGAAGCUUCCCCGAGAGCGGCUCAGGCACCCGUCCCACGGCACUCACCGCCCGUCACUCAGAGCAGAAUUGGCUCUCCUGUCUCCCCCCAGCACACGGGGCCUUCACGAACUGUCCGGCGGUACCCAGACAGCAAYGGUCACCUUGUGUCUAAUGCACUCCCUGGAGGAAAUGGCUAUGAGCAGAGCAGCUCUGGAGCACAGGCAGUUUCCCAGGAGCACGCAAGGGGGGCCAACCUGACAGAGAAGAUUAGGAAAAUAAAGAUUGUCUUCACACCCACCAUCUGCAAACAGACAUGCCGGAGUGGGCGCUGCUACAACAGCUGUGAGAAGGGAGACACCACCACUCUUUACAGCCAAGGGGGGCACAACCAUGAUCCCAAGUCUGGCUUCCGCAUCUAUUUCUGCCAGAUCCCCUGCCUGAAUGGAGGACGUUGUGUAGGCCGGGAUGAAUGCUGGUGCCCCUCUAAUUCCACGGGGAAGUUUUGCCACCUGCCAGCUUCCACUCUGGGAAAGAAGAAAGCAGGGAGAGUGCCAAACACCAUGUCCAGCAGCUCCAUGAAGCACUCCACAUACACACUGCCCCUGUCGAACCAGUUGGCUUCCUUAAACCCUUCCCUGGUGAAUGUGCACAUCAACCACCCUCCAGAGGCCACCGUGCAGAUUCACCAGGUGGCCAGGGUGCGGGGCGACGCAGAGCUGUCUGAGGAGAACAGCGUGGAGGCAGUGGUGGUGCCUCCGCUGGCCGCAGUGCCGUGGUACGCCUACACCAACGGGAAUGGCAACAGCAUUGGCACGGAGAGCAAGCAGCAGCAGAGGCCUCCGGAUGUGAUGGGGAGGUGCUUUCGGGAGGCUCUCCACGGACAGUGCGCUAACCCUCUACCAGGGCUGACCAAGCUGGAGGAUUGUUGUGGCAGCGUGGGGCUCUUCUGGGGUGUGGACAGGUGCCUAGCCUGCCCCCCUCGACCAGCACACCCAGUGAUUGAGAAUGGACAUGUGGAGUGUCCCCAGGGAUAUAAGAGGCUGAAUAGGAGCCACUGUCAAGAUAUCAAUGAAUGCCUGAUGCAGGGGCUGUGCAAAGACGCCGAGUGUGUGAACACCCGUGGCAGCUUCCGCUGCACCUGCAAACCUGGCACCAUGCUGGACCCGUCCCGCAGCCACUGUAUCUCGGACAAGGCAGUGUCCAUGGAGCAGGGGCUGUGCUACCGCUCAGUGGCCGGAGAUGUUUGCUCCUUCCCUCUCUCCCACCGAAUCACCCAGCAGAUCUGCUGCUGCAGCCGUGUUGGCAAGGGCUGGGGGAAGAACUGUGAGAAGUGUCCCAUGCCUGGUUCAGAAGCCUUCAAGGAGAUUUGCCCAGCAGGACAUGGCUACACCUACUCUAGCUCUGAUAUCCGCCUGUCCAUGAGAAAGGCAGAGGCAGAAGAGCUACCACUCAGCUUGGAAGAGCAAAGGCAAAGCCACAACUGGACAUUAGAUUGGGCAGGAAGAAGACAGCCACUGCAGGACAGCUUGCGUGGGAGCAUCCUGGAGGCGUUCCUCCAUCCUGACACCUCAACAGGAGAAGGUAAGAUGUCUUAUAUUUCUGUCCCUCAGGGCCCUGCUCAGGCCACCCGAGAGCCUGCCAUGCACACUGAGAAAGAAGAGCCUCCACAUGCUCCCCCCACAGCUGGCACCGCUACCUCCCACACUGAUGCAUCUCCAACACGGGUGUCAGCACAAGACACAGGGACCAAUGACUGUGCCUCUGCUCCGCUGUCCUGUGGAGCAGGUGCUUGUGUGCUCACCCUGGAUGGAUACAGAUGCUUGUGUCACCCGGGCUAUCAGUUGCACCCCAGCCACCACACCUGCAUUGAUGAAGAUGAAUGCCUGAAGGAUCCUUGUGCUGGAAAAGGGCAUUGUAUCAAUAAUGUGGGUUCCUAUGUGUGCCUCUGCUACUCUGGGUACACCUUGAUCAUCUCGGAGAACAAGCAGACCUGCCAGGAUCAGGAUGAGUGUGACCAACCCUCCGCAUGCCCCGGGCAGAAAUGCAUCAACACUCCUGGCUCAUUCCACUGCAAGUGCAAGGAGGGCUUUGUCRUGAACCCCAGAGGACAGUGUGAAGAUAUCAAUGAGUGCGUGGGGCCCAGCCCUUGCCCCAGUGGGAAGUGUAUCAAUACUCCAGGAUCCUACAAGUGUGUCAGCUGUCCAGAUGGUUAUCGGCCCAGGAAYGGGAGAUGCAUUGAUGUGGACGAGUGCCUUGUGGAGGGGACCUGUGCUCAUGGACGCUGUGUCAACCUGGAUGGCUCCUUCCGUUGUUCCUGCUACCAGGGCUAUGAGGUGGCACUUGAUGAGAAGAGCUGCCAAGACAUCGACGAAUGUACAGCCGUGUCUGCCUGUCCCUCUGGACUCUGCCUCAACACUGAGGGCUCCUACUCCUGCGUGACCUGCGAUUCUGGCUACGCCGUCUCCAGCGAUGGCAGCACGUGUGAAGAUGUGGAUGAGUGUGAAGAUCCUGCCAUUCAGUGUGUAGGAGGAGAGUGCAGGAACACUCCAGGCUCCUAUGAGUGCCACUGCCAGACUGGCUUUGAGCUCAUCAACAGCACCGUGUGUGAAGAUGUGAAUGAGUGCCUGAACAGUGAGAUCUGCAGCCCCAAUGGUGAGUGUCUCAACAGCCACGGAUCCUACUUCUGCAUUUGCGCUUCUGGCUUCUCAAGCACGGCUGGUGGAGUCAGCUGCCAAGAUGUGGAUGAAUGCGCAGACAAGUCCCGGUGCUUGCAAGGCCAGUGCCUGAACACAGAAGGCUCCUACAGGUGUCUGUGUGAGAAUGGGUUCAAGCACUCCCAGGAGACUGAUGACUGCAUAGACGUGGAUGAGUGUAAAGAAUACGGGGAUGCCAUCUGUGGUGCGUGGAGGUGCCAGAACAGCCUGGGCUCCUACCGUUGUAUCAUGGGCUGCCAGCCUGGUUUCCACUGGACCCCUCUGGGUGACUGCAUUGACAUAGAUGAGUGCGCCAAUGAGACGCUGUGUGGGAGCCAUGGCUUCUGUGAGAACUCGGAUGGCUCCUUCCGCUGCCUCUGUGACCGUGGCUACGAGAGCUCACCCUCCGGGCACUACUGCGUUGAUGUGAAUGAGUGUGAGCUGAUGGUCGCUGUGUGUGGGACUGCGCUCUGCGAGAACGUGGAGGGCUCGUUCCUGUGCCUGUGCCCCAGUGACCAUGAAGAGUACAACACAGAGGCUGGAGAGUGCCAGCCACGAGCAGCCAUGGAGGGCCCCGAGAGACGCACGGUGCAUGUCCCUGGCAGCCUGGAGCGCAAGCAGUGUUACUACCACAUCAGUGAUGUUAGCCUGUGUGACAGUGUCCUCGCCAAGAACAUCACCAAAGAAGAGUGCUGCUGUACUGUGGGGGCGGCCUGGGGGGACAACUGUGAGACCUACCCCUGCCCCAUCUUGGGCACAGUGGAGUACGAAGAGAUCUGCCCUCUUGGGAAGGGUUAUGUUCCCCAGAAAGACUUGUUCUCUGGAGAAGUCUCUUUCACAGAUAUGGAUGAAUGUGAAAUAUUCGGCUCCGAAUUCUGCCGCAACGGACAGUGUUUGAACACGGUGCCAGGCUACAAGUGCUUCUGCCGUACAGGCUACUUCUAUGACUCUGGCAGGCUUGAGUGUGUUGAUCAGGACGAGUGUCAGAAUGAAGUGUACUGCAUCAAUGGCGAGUGUUUGAACACAGUCGGCUCCUACCACUGCUUCUGCAGCCUCCCCCUUGUGCUGGAUGCAACCGGCAAUCGCUGCGUGAACCUCUCUAGCAGGGCAGAUGGCCUGGACGAGUACGAAAUCCACUUGGACGUGUGCUGGCAGACGGUCUCCGACUACAUCUGCCAAGACCUGCUGCACGGGGAGCAGACCACGUACACGGAAUGCUGCUGCCGCCUUGGUGAAGCCUGGGGUCAGAACUGCGCGCUCUGCCCGCACAGGUCCUCUGCGGAUUUUUCUUUCCUGUGUAACGGGGCCAGUGAAGACAGUGAGAGAGAGGCCGAUCUCCGAGAAAGGCCUAGGUACGAGUAUGGACCGAGCCUGGAAGAUUCCCACUAUGGCCUUACCAGUCCAGAUAUGGGACCCUAUUACAACUACCUGGAGUCUGAGUAUGCAAAUCCUGAUGCCGGUUUCCCUCGGAGAGAACCCAGCAGUGAGUUUCGUGGCAGCCCUUUUCACCAUGGCCCAGUGCAGCCCCUGCCACGCUACGUGCCCAGCCAAACUGGCCGCUAUGAGGGCUUCGAGGGGCUGCAGGCUGAGGAGUGUGGGAUUCUCAAUGGCUGCGAGAACGGCCGCUGUGUGCGCGUCCGGGAGGGCUACACCUGUGACUGCUUCGAUGGCUUCCAGCUGGACAUGACCCGCAUGGCCUGCGUGGACAUCAAUGAGUGCGAGGAGGUGAGCGGCGCCGAGCCCCUGUGCCGGGGCGGCACGUGCGAGAACACGGAAGGCUCCUACGGCUGCCGCUGCCUGCCGGGCUACGUGGCCCUGGCGCAGCCCCACCACUGCGUGCCGCAGACAGCGCCGAGGCCGGCGGCAGCGUAGCCCUGCGA